AUGAUAUAGUAUGAAAGCACUAGAAAAAAGCCAGUAGCUUCUAACAAAUUCUCAAUGAGAGGAAUUAAAAUGCUAACAGAAGAGGACUGUGUUUAUCCUAAAAGCAGCGGAGAUAAGGAAUGCACCAAAGGCAAAAUUAGUUCUAAAUAUGGGCAGGUCGUCUUAGACUAUUUCAUCUAACAAUAAAUCGGUCACAAAACCAUAGUUUUAAAAGGUAUAAUUAAAAAAAAUCAAUAAUAGCAAUAACGUUCCACAAUUACAGCCAAGAAUAUAGAGACUAAUAACUCAUUUAGAAAUGGCAAUAUUCCUCAAUAAACUGGAGAUGAUUUUGCCCUGGAUAUAAAUGACAUUACUUUGAAUAAAAAAAAAGAUAAUUUCAAAGACUCUUUCAAAAGUAGAUCUAGUUCUCAGAAACAAUCAAUUAAGUUUGGUGCCUUAAAAAGUGAGCAAAGGGAUUUAGAAGUUAGCACUAAUCAUCAAGAGCAUAAAAAAGGCUUAAGAAGAUUAUCUCCUAAGCCCAUGCCUUCACUUUUCAGUAAAAUAAAUCCAAAGUCAUCAUUUAUAGCUUAUCACGAAGAGGAAGACUAUUAUUUUAAUGAUGAAAAUUAAAUAGUAACAGUACUUAAUACUAAAUAAAUGCGUGAUCAAACUGAGACUGGGAGAAUUCACAUUGAACUCAGAUAUUGCACAGUGUGCAAUAUAGAGUAGCCACUAAGGUCUAAGCAUUGCAGAAAAUGCAAUAGAUGCAUUUCUACUUAUGAUCAUCACUGCCCUUGGCUAGGGGAGUGUUUAAGUUGGCAGAAGAUCAGCUAUUUAAAAGUCUGGCCAAAAAAACUAGGGAGUCCUUUUAACAUAGGUUUCAGAAACAAUUUAAGAUUGUAUUUUUGCUAUCACCUCGAGAAAGAUAAUUAAUUCGUAUGGCGAAUGCCCAGGAGAAGACCUGAUUUCGUUCCAACAAGCAAUAACAUCAAAUAAUCGAGUAAUUAGUAAUCUCAACCGAGUUAAUAAAAAUGA